UUUCAAAAGAUUUCUUGCACAGACUGAUUGCAGACAACACUUUCCCCCAAAAGUUCAGUGACGUUUCUUCAAUGCACCUCUGAAGCAAAGAAAAAAAAUGGAACUUCACAGAAUUGAUGACAGCUCGCCAAUUUCUCGUGUUGACGUUCAUCACCACCAUACUUCGGAUGUUCCUUCCCCCUCUUCUCUCUCCUCGGCAAGCCCCUCCGUUCCUCAACUUCCGGUAUCGUCGUCCCCUCCGAACAUGAUGCAUCCUCACCCUUCAGUCAGUCACUGUGGGCCCAUGAAGCGGGGGUCCCCCGGACUGACGUGUGUUGUGUGCGGGGAUACCUCAAGUGGAAAACACUACGGGAUUCUAGCCUGCAACGGAUGUAGCGGAUUCUUUAAACGGAGCGUUCGAAGAAAACUUAUUUAUAGAUGUCAGGCCGGGACAGGCAUGUGUUUGGUGGACAAGGCCCACAGAAACCAAUGUCAAGCGUGCAGGCUGAAGAAGUGUCUGCAAAUGGGCAUGAACAAAGAUGCUGUUCAGAAUGAACGACAGCCCAGAAACACGGCACAGGUCAGACACGAUCAAAUUCCAGCGGAGCUCGACAAUCCCUUCAUUCAGUCUCACGUGACCAUUUCCGCCACUCACCCAGCCUUCAGUCCCCCAAACAACAGUCGGAUGUUUCAGGGAAUGUCUCACCCGGAACCCCAUUCCAAGUUGGAACAAGAGGAAACCAGUAAGCGUCGAGAUGAAACUAUUGACGUCACAAACAUUGAGCCUGAGAGGAAUAUUGUAGUACAUCCACAUGCCUAUAACGACACCUUCUUGUACUCACCUGGUCAAGAAACGAUGUACGAGUGCUCGGCUAGGUUGUUGUUUGUUGCUAUUCGAUGGGCCAAGAAUUUGCCAUCCUUCGCAAAUUUGCCGUUUAGAGAUCAGGUAAUACUGUUGGAGGAAGCUUGGAGCGAACUGUUUCUGCUAUGUGCCAUACAGUGGUCGAUGCCAAUGGAGACGUCACCGCUUCUUAUGACGCACGAAGCUGCGCAGCCGCAGAUGUCCAACAUCAAAACAGGAAGUGAAUACCCAGACAAUCGUCUGCUUCAGGAAAUAUUCCGAAGAUUUAAGCACACUCAAGUGGACCCAGCCGAGUUUGCUUGCUUGAAAGCUAUUGCUCUUUUUAAGCCAGAGACCAGAGGCUUGAAAGACCCUCUUCAAGUUGAAAACUUCCAAGACCAAGCCCAGAUGAUGAUGUCACAGCACAUGCGAUCGAAUUAUCCUACACAGCACAUUAGGUUUGGUCGCCUUCUUUUAAUGAUUCCAUCUCUGAAGUUUGUUCCAUCAGACCGAGUGGAGAAGAUAUUCUUUGGCAGAACCAUUGGAAGUGUACCCAUGGAAAAACUAUUGUGUGACAUGUUCAAAGGCUGAAUAAUUUUAAGUUAUCCAUCUAACCUCAAAAUCUCAUCCACUGUUCCACGAUCAGUCAGAGCUGGAUACAAACUCAUUACAUGUAUCUGUACUAACGGAUCAUUUGACAUUUAUAUCUGUAUAUUUGAAAGGAAAAAUAGUCCUUUUCAGCCAUCUUCAUGCAUAAGUGACUUCUAUCUUAAUAAGCCUAGGAAGUUUGUUUUUCUUUGUUUCAAUUCAUCUUUUGACUGGUAUACUAUACAUGUAAUUCAGAAAUCACUGAAACCUUAAUAAACAUCUGUAUGGAAAAUGUCUUUUUCAAUGUUAUUUAUCAUUGAGACUACAAAAUACAAUCACAUGUAAUG